AUGUACCGAAUUACUAAUUUUUUUUAUUUAUAUAUUUUAGCUAUAAAGAAACCCUUCAGCACUGUGCCGAAUGAAACGGUCGUGAAGGAAAAUGAACAGAAAUCAUUGCCCGAAUUUGAAAAUUUUAGACACGUUUACCAAGACUUUUUGCCAUCUCCAAUUGUAAAAUUUAGAAAUCCCAUCAGAGAAAAAUUAGAAAGAAGAGAUAUGAUUCGACGGAGGAGUGCAAUAAACAUACCAGAAUUUUACGUAGGCACGAUAAUGGCCGUUACUUCUUCAAAUGAACAUGCAAGUGAAAAAUUGACAAAAUUUGUCGGGAUAUGUAUUUGGAAAUAUUUUCAAGGAUUAAGAUCUAAAUUCAUACUUAGAAACAUUGUUGAAAAUACUGGAGUUGAAGUUUUAUAUUCUCUCUACAGUCCACUAAUACAAAAAAUUGAAGUUUUAAAAUUGGAAAAAAGACUCGAUGAAGAAUUAUUUUAUUUGAGAGAUGCUCCCAAUGAAUACAGUGAAAUCCCUUUUGAUUUUCAACCCGUUUAUAGAGAUGAAACAUUACCAGUUCCCAUCAACACAACAAAGGUUAAAAUAAAUCCUAGGCCUUGGCUUCAGAGGUACGAAAGAAUGAAUUUGAAAGGAGUAGAAUUGCCCGAGCUUCCAGAAAAAUUUUAUAUCAGAGCUAAGGAAGUAGCUGAACCAUGGAAAGAAUAUGAUUUAAUGGAUGAAUAUAGGAAAACAACACCUGAAGAAGAACAAAAAGAUAUAUUUUUAGAAGUUUGCGAAAGUUUAAAAACACUAUCAUCGAAACAAAAAAUUGAAAAAAGGAAGAAAACAGUUAAAACGCAAUCGAAAUCGACAAAACAAUUGUUUUAA